CUUCCUCUUUCUCCGCUGUAGCCACCGUUGAGCCCAGCCGCAGAGGCCCUGUAAGCAUCCUUCCUCUCCCGCCAGCGGUGAGUCUAAAAGCUGGGAACCAUGACAACUCACGUAACCCUGGAAGAUGCUCUGUCCAAUGUGGACCUCCUGGAGGAGCUGCCAUUACCAGAUCAGCAGCCAUGCAUCGAGCCACCUCCAUCAUCCAUUAUGUACCAGGCCAACUUUGAUACAAAUUUUGAAGACAGAAAUGCUUUUGUAACUGGCAUUGCUAGAUACAUUGAGCAAGCAACAGUGCAUUCUAGCAUGAAUGAGAUGUUGGAGGAAGGGCAUGAAUAUGCAGUAAUGCUUUAUACUUGGAGGAGCUGCUCCAGAGCUAUUCCCCAGGUAAAGUGUAAUGAGCAACCAAACCGAGUAGAGAUUUAUGAGAAGACAGUGGAAGUCUUAGAGCCAGAAGUGACAAAACUCAUGAAGUUCAUGUACUUUCAGAGAAAGGCCAUUGAACGAUUCUGUGGUGAAGUCAAGCGUUUGUGCCAUGCAGAGAGAAGGAAAGACUUUGUUUCAGAAGCGUAUCUACUGACAUUGGGGAAGUUUAUCAAUAUGUUUGCAGUCUUGGAUGAAUUGAAGAACAUGAAGUGCAGUGUCAAAAAUGACCACUCUGCUUACAAAAGAGCAGCCCAGUUUUUAAGAAAAAUGGCUGAUCCUCAGUCUAUUCAAGAAUCACAGAACCUGUCCAUGUUCCUAGCAAACCAUAAUAGGAUCACUCAGUGCUUGCAUCAGCAGCUGGAAGUAAUCCCUGGUUAUGAAGAACUGUUGGCUGAUAUUGUCAACAUCUGUGUGGAUUACUAUGAAAACAAGAUGUAUUUGACACCCAGCGAGAAGCAUAUGCUUUUGAAGGUCAUGGGUUUUGGUCUGUACCUGAUGGAUGGAAGUGUCAGUAAUAUUUACAAAUUAGAUGCCAAGAAGAGAAUCAACCUCAGCAAAAUUGAUAAAUUCUUCAAGCAGCUGCAGGUGGUUCCUUUAUUCGGCGAUAUGCAGAUAGAGCUGGCCAGAUACAUUAAGACCAGUGCUCACUAUGAGGAGAACAAAUCCAAAUGGACAUGCACUCAGAGCAGCAUCAGUCCACAGUAUAACAUCUGUGAGCAGAUGGUACAGAUCCGAGAUGAUCAUAUCCGGUUUAUCUCUGAACUUGCUCGCUACAGCAACAGUGAGGUUGUAACUGGUUCAGGAUUGGACAGUCAGAAGUCAGAUGAAGAAUAUAGGGAGCUUUUUGACCUGGCUUUAAGGGGACUUCAACUUUUAUCAAAGUGGAGUGCACAUGUGAUGGAAGUGUAUUCUUGGAAGCUGGUCCAUCCCACGGAUAAGUUCUGUAACAAAGAUUGUCCAGGCACUGCUGAAGAGUAUGAGAGAGCUACACGAUACAAUUAUACCAGUGAGGAAAAGUUUGCUUUUGUGGAGGUUAUUGCUAUGAUCAAGGGCCUGCAAGUGCUCAUGGGUCGCAUGGAGAGCGUCUUCAACCAGGCUAUCAGGAACACAAUCUAUGCUGCUCUACAGGACUUUGCUCAGGUGACCCUGAGAGAGCCCCUGAGGCAAGCAGUCAGGAAGAAGAAAAAUGUCCUCAUCAGGAUGACUGCAAUAACAGUCAUCAACAUGUCUUUUCAGCUUUAUAUGGUGAGAACCAUGCUAGAAUCCCUCAUUGCAGACAAGAGUGGUUCAAAGAAGACUCUCAGAAGCAGCCUGGAUGGACCAAUAGUUCUGGCCAUUGAAGAAUUCCAUAAGCAGUCCUUCUUCUUUACACAUCUUCUGAAUAUAAGUGAAGCCCUCCAACAAUGCUGUGAUUUGUCCCAACUUUGGUUCCGAGAAUUUUUUCUGGAGUUGACCAUGGGUCGCCGAAUUCAGUUUCCCAUUGAGAUGUCAAUGCCCUGGAUUCUAACUGAUCACAUCCUGGAUACCAAAGAACCAUCCAUGAUGGAAUAUGUGCUCUACCCACUGGAUCUCUACAACGAUAGCGCAUAUUAUGCUUUGACCAAGUUUAAAAAGCAGUUUCUCUAUGAUGAAAUUGAAGCAGAAGUGAACUUAUGUUUUGAUCAGUUUGUGUAUAAACUGGCAGAUCAAAUCUUUGCUUACUAUAAAGCAAUGGCUGGCAGUGUUUUACUGGAUAAGCGCUUCCGGGCUGAAUGUAAAAAUUAUGGAGUGAUUAUCCCUUACCCACCAUCGAAUCGCUAUGAAACAUUGCUCAAACAAAGACAUGUCCAGCUGCUAGGCAGAUCCAUUGACUUGAACAGACUUAUCACUCAGCGUAUCUCAGCUGCAAUGUACAAAUCAUUAGAUCAGGCUAUUAGCCGCUUUGAAAGUGAAGAUCUGACGUCCAUAGUGGAACUUGAAUGGCUUUUGGAGAUCAAUCGUUUGACACAUAGACUCUUGUGCAACCACAUGACCUUGGACAGUUUUGAUGCCAUGUUCCGCGAGGCCAAUCAUAAUGUUUCAGCUCCUUAUGGGCGCAUCACGUUGCAUGUCUUCUGGGAGCUAAACUUUGACUUUUUACCUAAUUAUUGCUACAAUGGAUCUACUAACAGGUUUGUGCGGACAGCAAUUCCAUUCACCCAAGAACCCCAGAGAGAUAAACCCGCCAAUGUUCAGCCGUAUUAUCUUUAUGGCUCAAAGCCACUCAACAUUGCAUACAGCCACAUUUAUAGCUCUUACCGAAACUUUGUGGGACCCCCACACUUCAAGACAAUCUGCCGACUUCUUGGAUACCAAGGGAUUGCUGUUGUGAUGGAAGAACUGCUGAAGAUUGUCAAAAGCCUGCUGCAAGGAACCAUCCUUCAGUAUGUGAAGACCUUGAUAGAGGUGAUGCCGAAGAUUUGCCGCCUGCCAAGGCAUGAGUAUGGAUCUCCAGGAAUCCUGGAAUUUUUCCACCACCAGCUGAAAGACAUAAUUGAAUAUGCAGAACUAAAGACUGAUGUAUUCCAAAGUCUGAGGGAAGUGGGUAAUGCCAUUCUUUUCUGCCUUCUCAUAGAACAGGCCCUGUCCCAGGAAGAAGUGUGUGAUUUGCUGCAUGCUGCUCCCUUCCAAAAUAUUUUGCCCAGGGUCUACAUCAAAGAAGGAGAACGCUUGGAGGUACGCAUGAAGCGUCUCGAAGCCAAAUAUGCCCCACUUCACCUGGUUCCCUUAAUAGAGAGGCUGGGAACUCCUCAGCAAAUAGCCAUAGCCCGUGAAGGAGACUUGCUGACCAAGGAGAGAUUGUGCUGUGGGCUGUCCAUGUUUGAAGUUAUCCUGACCCGCAUUCGUAGCUACCUCCAAGAUCCCAUCUGGCGUGGGCCUCCCCCAACAAACGGCGUCAUGCAUGUUGAUGAAUGCGUUGAAUUUCACCGGCUCUGGAGCGCCAUGCAAUUUGUAUACUGCAUUCCAGUUGGAACAAAUGAAUUCACUGCUGAACAGUGCUUUGGAGAUGGCUUAAACUGGGCUGGUUGCUCAGUCAUAGUUCUUCUGGGACAACAGCGUCGUUUUGACCUUUUUGACUUCUGCUAUCAUCUGUUAAAAGUGCAAAGACAGGAUGGGAAGGAUGAAAUCAUAAAGAACGUGCCACUUAAGAAAAUGGCUGACAGGAUCAGGAAGUACCAAAUUCUGAACAAUGAGAUUUUUGCCAUCCUGAACAAAUACAUGAAAUCGGUGGAAACAGACAGUUCAACAGUUGAGCAUGUGCGCUGCUUCCAGCCCCCCAUCCAUCAGUCCUUGGCCACAACAUGUUAAAUGUUCAGCCUUGGAAAUACAGUGUGAAGAUUUGUGUCUUUCCAUUGGACAUUGGUGAGAAAGGUUGGACUUCAGCUGUUGGAAGCCAAACAGCUGCAAACACAGGUCCCGCAACAAAGCAGGCAUGGAUGGAUCCAGUACACAAAGAUGCAUUUCCUAGAAGACUCAUUUGAAUGCAUGUUCUUCUAUAUCUUUCUGGCUGGCUUUACCUAUAGUGUUGAAACUGUGGUGAGAAGAAGCAGAAAGUGUAUUUUUUCCUCCUGGGGUUUCCUUUAUUUUCAUGACAACCCAUAAUCCAUCUGAUCAAGCACAAAAAUCUGCAGUCUUUAAAUGGUCAUUGUUUUUGAGAUUCCAAUGAAAGAAGCCCACAUUUCAAAAUGUUGCCAGUCUUCCACUUGGUGCAUACUGAAAUAACAGCAGUUUUCCUUGAUAACUUGGUUUUGUGAUAUAAGUGCUUAAACAUUUUGAAAUAAUGAGUUUCUCCCCUACAAGUGAUACAGAAAAGGCAUUCUAUCAUUUUACAAUAGUAUAUAAUUGUUUACUUGAAAUCAACAGGUUUCUGCUAUACUGUAAUUGUUAUCUCACUUUCUAGGUUUACUUUGCUAAGCCAAAUUUGGAAUUAGUUUACAGUGGCAUAUUAACAAACAAACUCAAUUUUUGCAUUGACUGACAGUGCUACGGAGAAAGGGAAACAAAGUAAUGCUUUCUUUUCAGUCUCUUUCUUGACAUGAAUACAUCUGAGCUAAUAUUUGUUUCUUACUGUUAGAAUUACAGACAGUCAUUGUCUAUAUGUGAUACACAUUGUAAUGGCCUCAGCCCUUAGUGAAGUUAGCAGGCCACAUCUUCUUCAAAGGUUGAAUGGAAAUGGGGUUCAUAUUUUGAGCUGAGCAUCUUUUUCUCUUUGGAAUGCUUUUAGUAGAAGAAUGAGAUUGUUAUAUGUCUGUAUUCCUGAAAAUGGGAAUCUAUGAUAAUUCAAAAUUACAGAUCCAUGUUUAUAAUCGAAAGGAAAUGCUGUUAGGAAUACGUACAACAAAAUCUUUGAUUCAAGCAACAGCUAGUCUUCCUUUAAUAUGUAUGGUUCCAAUGACAUAUUGAUUUCCCAUAGCUGAUUUUAAAAAUGAAAAAGCUUAUAGAAUGAAGGGGAGAGAUAAUUUGAAAACACGUAAGUACUUUUCUUCAUAAUAGAUCUCUUACUUUCUUCAUCCAGGAGAUAAAUCCACACAGUCAAAAGAAAUUAAGUCAGGCACUUUCCAUAACACACAGUCAAGAGAAAUUAAGUCAGGCACUUUCCAUAACAGAUAUGUAUAGGAAAAGGUACGCUUUAAAGAGACAAGAAUGAUGAAAGAGAAACAGAACAAUUAAGUCAGUCACAACUCUUCUUUAUCAGGUGAGAAGAUCUUUGCAACUGCAAAUAUGACAGUAAAAUAGAUUCUGAGGAUAAAAGCAACCCAGUUUAGCAAGUCUCAUUAUCCAAGCAGAACUGGUUUAAUUACCAAAGCCCAAGCAUGUAACAGGUCAGAAAAGGAAACGUAGGAUCUUUUAAGACGUAAGAGAAUAAUUCAUUUCUGAGUUCUUUUGGUAUAGUCUAAGGGACUUGAUUUAUCUAUCAAGGUCCCCUAUAAUUCUCCAGGGUAAAAAGAGGAAUUUUAGAAUGAAGUCCUUUAACAUUUCAGUGGUUCAGAUUAAUGUCCUAUAAAGAAAAUAUAAGUUGCUCUAGUGUUGCUUACAGUUUCAAAAUUAAUUCAAAAUAUUAAAGAUUUGGACAGUUUUCCUUGUUUUUGAGAACAGCAGGGGUAUAGUGUAUUAAAAAGUUCCUGUAUGUAAAUGAAUGAUAGUGUGCAAAACAAUAGUUGUCUUCUAUUCAUCUAUGGAGGCUCAAUCAUUAGAACAUCUUGGUAAUUUGUUGCCAAUGCCAUUUUAAAGUAAUGAUCUGUGAAAUUCUGGAGAUGGUGGUAGAGGUGUUUUUCUGUUCUUUAGCCUGCAAAAAAUAAAGCCAGGCUCUUCCAGUGUUGGAUGUUUCCCAACAGUUCCAGCCUCUUCCAUACUAGUUGGCUUUUAACCUUAUCUUAUUCAAGUCUACUUUGCCAAAUUUGCUGCCCUUCAGAAUUUUGGCCCCUGCUCUGAUGGGAAGAUGCCAAAGAAGGACAAUCUAGCUAAGUUUUUGUUUCCCAUCAUUUAGAUUUUAGAAAUUUUCAUCUAUGCUUUUUCUUCUUUGUCAUAAAUGCAUAUUUAAUUACUGUUCAUCACAAUGAGCCAGGUUAUUAAACCAGAAUCUAUUAAUAACGAUAAAAAGAGAAAAAAACUUAGCUUAAUGUUAUCUGUUUUCAAUCUUGUAAGAACAUUAUAUCGUCAGCAGCAGCAGCAGCAUAAGAUUAUUAGUAUUAAGUAUGUGGCCUUUCUUAAAUGCCUUCUUUCCACUGAAGAUUUACACCUCUUUAUAUAGAAGUUGAUGGAAUAUUGUUUCACAUAUCAUAUCUGUUUCCUAUGCAUAAGUACAGAGGUAGCUAUUUAAGUGGUAAGAUAUUUGAGCUUUUUUCAUGCAACCAUGAUAUCAGCAACACUAAGCCCUCUAUCUGAGAGCGUCAAAGCAGAAAUUCAAAUAUAUAGUUUUCUUAUUUGUACUAAGGAGAUAUUUACCUAAUCAUACAUUGUUUGCUUUUCACAUGAGGCGAUAUCUUGCCACACCAGAUUCCAGGUUGAAUAGAAGUCAACAUCUGUACAAUUGUAUGUGUGGAAACUUUUUCAGAACAAUAAGUAUAUUGCGUAGGCAAAUGUCUGAUUUAGUGUAAUAUCUCAGGUGUGAUUCUGGAACUGGGCUUAUUCUUAACAUUCAUUCAAUGGGUUUGUAGUGGUUAAAUAAGGGUCUCUUGUAUUGAUGGAAAUAUGAAAGCCUCAUAGAAUUAAGACUCUGUACACAGGUAGCAAUGGUGAACAAGAGUUGAGAGAAAGGAAAUGUCCUACUUUUUUCAAUCCCAAAUGUCUGGCAGAACGGUUUGAGUGUUUUCUGAAAGCCAGAACUCCUUAAUAUCACUGUUUCUACCAUAGUGAGCCUUCAUUAACUUUAAAAAACAAAGAAA